AUGGCGCAUCUUAAUGAUCCCAUCUGGAAGACCCAUGCAAAUCGUUUACUUGGGGAUGUUAUACAGUUUGAUCCUAAACCAAAAUCUUACGAUAGCGACCCUGAAUUCGAGGAGGAUAGUACAUUUGAAGAUCGCUAUAUAGCUAUCCCGCACCCAAACGAGCACCUAGAUCCCCUUCCGACUCCUUUAACAGGACGAACAUCAGACCCUGUAUCAGCUGCAUUUAUUGAGCAUGUGGCCAUACUACCUAAGUAUCCACGAACGCAUGACGCCGGAUUCGCAUACGUAGUGAACCUCGAAAAUAUCAAGCCCCAUCAAGUGAAAGACUCGCUUAAAUCGGUCCAGUACUCGUUCCACGGUAAAGGUGCAGCAAAAAACGUUUACAACGCGUAUCUUGGCUGUACAACAGAGAAAAAACGCUACACCUGCUCUAGUGUUAAGUGCUGCGAGUUCCUUGACCCCGAGCUCACUAGGAUGGGUCACCUUCACGCGGACGAGGCCCUUUUCACUACAAUUGCUUAG